CCGACAUGACGUAACUUCCGUUUUGUCAGCUUCCGCCAUAUCCAUGUGUUGACAAAAAAAAUGUGAAUUAGUUUUAACAUGUUUCGAAGGAUUAUUUGAACCAGGGUCGCUGUUUAAAACAUGGGGAAGCUAAACGUGGUGGUGUUGAGAUACUUGUCUCGAGAUGACUUCCGAGUGCUGACGGCGGUCGAGAUGGGGAUGAAGAACCACGAGAUUGUUCCAGUGAGUCUCCUCUCUUCAAUUGCCAGCCUCAAACACGGCGGCUGCAACAAGAUCCUCCGAGAGCUCGUCAAACAUAAGCUUGUGGCCUACGAUCGCACCAAGACCGUGCAAGGUUACAGGUUGAACUACGGAGGUUACGACUACCUGGCGCUGAAGGCCUUGUGCGCCAGAGAUGUAAUCGCUUCAGUUGGAAACCAAAUGGGCGUAGGGAAAGAGUCAGAUAUUUAUAUUGUAGCAAAUUCAGACGGGGAUCAGUACGCGCUGAAGCUUCACAGAUUGGGUCGCACUUCCUUCAGGAACCUAAAGAAUAAGAGAGAUUACCACAAGCACAGGAAGAACAUGUCCUGGCUGUACCUCUCUCGCCUCUCUGCCAUGAAGGAGUUUGCCUACAUGAAGGCACUCUAUGAUCGAGGCUUCCCUGUCCCCAAGCCUGUGGACUACAACAGACACGCAGUCGUCAUGGAGCUCAUCAAUGGAUACCCACUAUGUCAGGUGCACGAGCUCCAAGAUCCGCCGGCCCUGUACAGCGAGUUCAUGGAGCUCAUCGUCAAACUGGCCAACCACGGCCUGAUCCACGGAGACUUUAACGAGUUCAACCUGAUGCUGAACGACCAGGACCACAUCACGAUGAUCGACUUCCCUCAGAUGGUGUCCACCUCGCACCCCAACGCUGAAUGGUAUUUCGACCGAGAUGUCAAAUGCAUAAGAGAUUUCUUCGCAAAACGAUAUAAUUAUGAGAGCGAGCUGUUCCCAACCUUCAAAGACAUCAGACGCUCAAGUUCUCUCGACGUCGAGGUCUCGGCGAGCGGUUUCACCAAAGAUCUGGAGGAAGACGCUGCAGUGCUCCAUCCAGCUGGGCCUGACGGAGAGCAAGACGGAGAGCAAGACGAUGAGCAAGAGGACAGUGACGACGAGGAGUCCGGCGAGGAAUUUGAAACAGAGCAGCAAAGUGUGGAUGCGACUGACUACAAGAAUGCAAUUCUGGAACUCGAGGGCCUGAAGGUCAGCGGCGCAAACGGUGACGUGCCUGAUAAAGACGAACAGGGUGAAGGAAGGGAUGGUGAAGAGGAGGACGAGACAAAUGCUGAAGCUAGAAUCCAUGACACGGCCGUGAAUGAUGUGGAAGAGGAGUUGGCGGAUGACUUCCCCGAAGUGUCAAACCUUUCCGCGUCUAACAAAGAGUUCAAACCUUUCAGAGACUCAGAAAGUCUUCUCCAGAUGGCAGAGCACAGGAGGAGGAGGAGGACAGACAGCGAGGCUACAAUGGGCAGCACGGGAAGCUGCUCAACCAUCCCACCGGAUGUGGUCCGUCAGAAAGUGCGGAGGCAGCUCACCAAACAGCAGAAGUCUGCGCAAAGGAGACGGCUGCAGAAGGGUGAAGCCAAUUUGGUGACCAAAUCGAGACGAGAGAAUGAAAACAACAUCAGGUCAAGUUUGGAGAGCGCUACCUUCUGGGGAUGAGCGCUCGUCUGGCACUGACGGGGUAGACGCCGUCACGCCUGUUCGACAAACUGUUUUGGAACGGUGACAUCCCAUCAUUUUCCAUCGCUUCAAUGUAGACAUGAACUACUUUAUUGAAGCUAUGUCAAUAAAAAUAUCGGCAUUUAUACAAUU